GCUGCCUGUGUUACAAUAGCAGCUCUGAUACAGUAUUUCUUCAUGGCCGCUUUCUGUUGGAUGCUGAUCGAGGCAAUUUAUCUCUACUUCUUUGUUGUGAAAGUUUACAACAUCAACACCAAGAUGCACAUGUAUCACGUCAUCUCAUGGGGUGAGUUUAUUAUUUUACAGCAUGCACUUGUAGCUAUAACCAUGCAUGCUUUCGGAUCACCAAAUCUGGUGUUGUCAUCCAUUGAAGUGUUUCGAUUUCCUUCCUUUCUUUAUGGGUAGGUCUUCCAGUGAUCAUGGUGGCCAUUUCACUUAGCAUCGUUGCCGGGAAAGAAGGGUUACAAAGCUAUACGAGUGAUAAAUAGUGAGGAAAUUCAACAGUUUCUUAUUGCUUUUUUGUGUAUAGUUUGAAAUCGGUAUCAUUUCAUUCGCUGAAAAUUUGGCUUUCUUUCUUGUCUUUCACUUCUUCGAGUUUAGUUGCUGGCUUUCCUCGACUAACAACCUGACCUGGAUAUUCGCCGCCUUUGUGGCUUUCAUUGAAGUUGUGAGUUAAUGAUUCGUGUUGGUGAUUGUGAUUGGUACACCUGGACUAAUUUCUGCCAAAAGACUUUUUUCUCUGCUCUUUAAAAAGCGGAUUAAACCUUUAACUCCCAGAAGUGAUCAACAUGAAACUUCUCCUUGUGAUAUCCCUACAUUAAACAGCAAACAGCUGAUGAGAAUAUUUAAACUUAUCAGGUAGAAGUUGUUGCCUUGAUCUAACACCAAAUUAUAGCUUCAACUUUUACUACAUAGUGUAAAAAAAAGUUUCUCCACCCUCCAUGCUAAUUUUCUAACACUGUUUCGCAUUGAUAUACCAAGAUGAGUUUUUCGCGCUAAAGUUACUCAUUUGAAAAAAUUAAUAAUUAUAAAAACAUUGAAAAAGAUAAAACGAGCAGGAAGAGUAGAAGAUAUUGAAUUUAUCGAAUUUAACAUGAGGCUUCACUUUGCAUAGUUCAUUUAGUUUAAACACUUUUGUUCGCGAUUUCUUUAGCUCAUUGUCAGAGCAUCCAAGCUCAUACUCUAGGUACCCUAGCUGAGAGUUCUUUUCCCUGUAAAUGACUCUUCAUUCCACUCUCCUUACCAAACAAAUGACGUCUUUGGCAAGGAUCCUCUCCUGCCUUGGCUUUUUGACAACCAUUUGUAAAAUAAUCAAUUUAUUUCUAUUGUAUUCUUCAGCUCAACAUCUUGAUACUCGUACGCGUUAUAAAAGAGAUCACCAAUUUGGUGCAGCCAAUAGCAGAAGACAACCAUUUUCAGCAAAUACGGUAAGAUGUACAUCAUAAAACUAAAACUAAAUAGCGGAAAAGAUUGCUCCUGUGAGGCGAUAUUUGCCUAACCUCCUCAUUCCUUUAUAAGGAAGGCAUUCCGAUAUCUAACAAUUACAAUUUUUUGUCAAAAGAAAAAAAAAGAAUGGUGUUUUUUUGGUUGUUUUUAACUCCUAGACUUGGCAUCAAAGCAUGCUUAGUGAUAAUUCCCCUACUGGGUGUCACGUGGCUAUUUGGUCUCCUUUCGCCAGUGCAUAAAGCUUUCGCCUACAUCUUCACCAUACUCAACUCUACUCAGGUGAGUGUUGAAUGGCUUCUCUCAAAAAUCAUUCAAUCUCGAUUAAAUUUUUUAACCAGGCGAUACAACAUUACAAUUGUUACAUGAUAUUUAUUGGAGUUAUGAAAACAAAAAGCUGUUAAAUAUGCCAGAGAAAAGAGAUUUCUUCCUCAUUUAUGGGUUAAGCAAUUUUCUUUUCUUCUCAAAUUUCUCUUCAUACAUAAGUAAAUCUUUAAAAUAUAUUUGCCUAGUUUAUUUAAAUAUUGUAAAAAGGAAUGUUUAUUCUGUAGGGUUUCCUGAUUUUCGCUCUACACUCCAUGCGAAACACUCAGGUAAGAAAAGAAAACUGUUUAUACACUAACUGCAUAUCAUCAAGUUGUAGUGUUUCAAUAAAUACCUGAGUACUAAGAACCAUAUUUAAUGUCGCUCAUCUAUCUGCAGAUCAAAGAACGAUUCAAAAGAAAGAUGAACAUCGUUUUUCUAUCUUCGAUAAAGGACACCUCCAUAAGGAAGAGCUCACAGGUCAAACCAAGUGAGAUAGACAUUGCGUGGUCGGUUGAAUUGCAGUCUUGUGCUGAAUUUGAAUCGAAAUAUCGCACAACUUAG